AUGUCCCUCUCCCUCUCACAACGCCUUCAAGCGUUGGCAGACUCCUUCAAAGAGAUAUCCUCCCAGAUCCAAGAACUCCGCAAGUUCUCGGCCAGCUCAUAUUCUACCGGCGAUCCAGACGAACGACGUCUCGAGCUCGCUACCGAAAUCCAUGACGACCUUAAGAAACAAGAAGAUAGGUUAGAAAUCUUAAGGCAAGAAUUUGAAGAUGAUGCCAUUCCGAACCAUCGGCGAGACCUCUCGAGCCGAGAAAGUGAGCGGGAAAGAAAUGCCGACUUGUUAUCGCGACUCACAGAGGAUCUGAAGAGCGCGCGGGCGAGUUUUCGAAAAGCACAACUUCAAGCAAAGAGGACUGCAGAUUUGGAAAAGCGGAAAGAGAGAGAGCAGUUGUUUGCGGAUCGGAAGCAGGACGGGAAACAGCAGUCGCGGGGGAGACCUACACACGAGAAGUUGACGCAGGACGAACUGGCCCUCCGGGCAGCAGAAGACGUUACCAUCGCGUUGCGGAGAGUACACCAACAACUCGAGGGAGAGCUAUCAGUCUCACAGUUCGCUCAGCAGACUUUGGAAGAAAGUCAACAGGCACUGGACAGCUUGGCGCAAAGCUAUGCGGGAACCACGGAUUUGUUGAAAGCAAGCAGGGGGUUUCUUGGCCAGUUAGUACGGAGCAACAAGUCAGACACUUGGUUUCUGAGAUCCUCCUUCUAUCUACUUGCUGUCACGAUAUGCUGGCUCUUCUACAGACGAAUCCUCUAUGGCCCUCUGAUGUUGUUUAUUUGGUGGCCUUUGCGCAUGAUGUGGUGGGUCACUUUGACAAGUAUGGGAGCUGUGGGACUGGGAGGCAGAUCCGAUGUCACAACAUCGCCUGCUCCAGUGCCCUCUCUUACAGUCUCAAUGCCUGGCAUGAAUGCGCGGGGAAUGCCAACACACAAAUCCGGCAUUUAUUUCAAGAGCAUGGAGCUCCCAGCGAAGGGGGGAGGUGGAAGAGGGCCACCACCAGAGAUUCCGCAGCAAUAUUCACACGAAGGAGCAGCGAGGGAUAUCAUCAAGGAAGUUGAAAGAAUAGUGGAAGACCAAGGUACAGAUGUAGACGAUAUCACGGACGAAGAAAGAAAGGCACAACAAGAACAGCCGCGAAACACGUUGAAGAGGAUGAUGGAAGUUGACGUCGAGCAAGUGAGGGACGAGUUAUGA